AUGCGCUUCCAAAUUAUUCUCGCUAUCGCUGCCACCUACAUUGUUGGUGCCAUGGCAGGUGCUUGCGAGGACUGCCAGCGAACAUGCCCUAGGCCAAGUGAAGACGAGUGCAACGCUCUCUGCGCCCCUACCUGCAACGGAAAAUAG